AUGAAGUUCAUCAUUGUUACUCUUGCCCUUGUUGCGACUGCUUUUGCCGGAAGCCCCCACUCUGAGGAUGGCAAGACUUGCAAGAGUGGCCAAACCGUUGUCUGCAAGGAUAACGGAAACGGCGGCCUUAUCACCCUGGGCAAUGUUGCGCCCGGUGCCCUUGGUGUCUCCUGCUCUGGCGGCGAUGUUUACUGCUGUGAUGACAAGGAUGUCGCGAGCGGCCUCAUCAACCUUGAUGUGAAUGCCCAGUGCAGCCUCAACCACCUUCUUUGA